AUGGAUUUGGAGGCCAAUUUGAAAAAAAUUAAGCCAGAAGCUGCCAGGAAACAGCAUCAGUCACCACUAGUGGGACAGAUGUUUUUCCUCAAAGAUUUGAAGGAAGCUGUGAAAUCUGAUAGCAUUAUUGCAGCAGCCCUUGGUGGAGAGGCCAAUUUCUAUUGCAACUUCUUGCUCUCGAUGGACGUUUUGCAAGUCACCUGGCAGAAAAGAAACAAGUCUUCCUUCCAGAACAUAGCCACCUACAGCCCAAACCAUGGGCUGAGGCUGAUAGGGUCAUUUCAGAAGAAAGUGCAUUUCACUAGAGCAACGCUGAAGGCCUCAGCUAUGACACUCCAAAAUCUCACAUUCGAGGAUGAGUCCUAUUACAGAUGCAUUUUCAACGUGUUCCCUCAUGGCUCUUUCAGCAAAGAUAUAUGCCUCAACAUCCAAAGUGUUCAGAAAAGCAUAAUCAUCGUGGGAGUCAUAACUGUGGUGUUUUUAGCAAUCUUGAUAUUUUGCAUCGUGAAACUAAUCAAAAGACAAAGGAAAAAACUGAAGAGACAUGAUACACCCAGAACACCUGCAAAGGAGGAAGGCUUACACCAAGACCUAAGCGAGAAAGCCGUGAGCCUGCACACGCCAAAGGACCAGCACGUUGUUUGUCAAAAUGAGAAGCAGACACCAGGCUGCUCACUUCACAAGAGGCUGCUAUGUCUGAAGAGAAACCCGAGAGAGGAAAAACAUUGCAGACGCUUGUUUUCAGAGGAAGUGGAUAACCCAAACAGCAAUGUCCACGUCAUGUUUGAGAGGGAACCUGUAGCGUUAUGCUUUGAGGAGCUCAGUUGCACACCUGUGAAUGAGGACAGAAGCAACAGCAGGUGGGGGAGUCCAAAUAACUCCCCACCACAGGAAGAAGAAACAUCAGCGCACUAA